AUGUCUUGCAAUUACGGUACUAUUCGUCACGGCGUGCAGGACAUUGAGCAUGGAGCGCAGGCCGUUUGGAAUGACUUCAAGGACUUCAUCAACCGUGACAACAUCUUUGAGGUUGCUGUUGGUUUGAUGAUUGGAAAUGCAUUUACUUCUGUCGUCACUUCGCUCGUCUCCGACGUCCUCCUGCCUCCUAUUGCUCUUCUUCCUGGAAUCAGUUCCGAAAACCUCCCGGCAAAGUUCCUUGUUUUGCGUCAUGGCGAAACUCAUCAGGCGUCAUACAACACCCUCGAACAAGCCGCCGCUGAUGGAGCCGUCACUCUCGCUUACGGUUCCUUCUUCCAGAAGGCACUAGACUUCAUGGGUAUGGGCUUUUUCCUGUAUGUUAUCGUUCAGUUGAUCUUCUUCCUUGACCACAAGGAUCUUCGUAAGCGUACGAAGAAGUGUCACUACUGCCGCAAGAAGAACAAUAUGAAGGCCGUUCGUUGCAUGUACUGUACCUGCUGGAUGGAUGGAAGGGAGGACUAUUCUAAGCACAGGAAUGAUCGCGGGCACCAUGCACAGGAAAACCAGGAGAACCACGAGCAGGAGCAACAUGGACAGGGGCAUCAUGGAUGGGGGCCCCACCAUUGA